AAUAUUUAAAAAUAACAGAUAUGAUGAAAAAAAAGAAAGCAGAUGAUAAAUCAGAUAUUGGUAUUGCACAAAAUGACAUUUUAGUUAAUACUGAUAUACAAAUUAAAGGACAACAUGAAACAAGUGAAACAAAACAGAAAGUAGGUGUAAAUCAUGAUGAAGAAAUUCACAUACAUAUUCUAAAAACUGAAAGUGUUACUGAAAAUUCUGAAUUAGGAAACUUAUUUACAAAUCCACAAGAAAAAUUGUUCAAACUUCCUCAAAAUGCUAAUCUGGUACAAAAAUUGAAUUUCAUUAAACAGCAUCCUAUUCAACCAACCUAUUUCUCUAACAUUAAAUUAGACAUACAUAAACUGUAUUUUAGAAACACUUUAGAAGGAAAAGAAAUUGCAAGAAAUUGGUUAUCUGUGUUAUGUAAUGAUCAUGAACUCAAAUCUUUCUUCUGUCCUAUUUGUAUAGCGUUUAGUUCUUUGAUAAGUCCAUUUACAUCGGGACAAACAAAUUUUAAACAUAUUCAUGAAUAUAUUAAAAAACAUGAAGAUAGUAUAACACACAAACAUUCUGUGGAAAGUUAUAUUAGUGCUUCCAAUGAUAAAUCUAUCGAAUUUGGUAUUAAUUCUAAUUUAAUAAAUUUAAAAAAAACAAAUUGAAGAAAAUAUCCAUGUUAUUAAACAAGUUAUUGAAAUCAUUAAAUUGCUUGGACGACAGAAUUUAUCAUUUAGAGG